CAAUGAGUGCAAUUGCGGACGAGAACGGGUCUCCUGAGACCAUCAAAGUUCUCUUUGUGUUGUACCCAGACUUUGAGGCAUUAGACGUAGUCGGUCCGCUCGAGGUCUUGUCUCGCGCUCAGCACAACACCAAGGACACUGCUACCAAGGCCUUCGAAUGCAGCUUCGUUGGCAAUGCUGCCGCCAUGAAGUCCGCCCAAGGCGCCACCCUCAAAGCCGACAUGGACUACGAGGACGCUACCGAAGACAUUGAAGAAUACGACGUGCUCGUAGUCCCCGGCGGUCUCACCAACGAGAUCAUCCAGUCCAAAGCUGAGCCUCUCGCCCUCAUCAAGAAGUGGGUCGACGUCCAAGAGAAGAACCCCGCCAAAGAGCGCACCAUCCUCGCCGUCUCCACCGGCUCCCUCCUCCUCGCCGAGCAGGGCCUCCUCGAAGGCCUCGCCGCCACCACCCACCCCGACUACUACACCCGCCUCGAGACACUCUGCCAGAACGCCUCCACCCGCGACCUCUCCGAGCGCACCGACGUCAUGGAGGAGCGCUACGUCGUCAACAACGCGCGCUUCGACCUGGGCGAGAACCCGGACGAGAACCCAUACAUCGUGCGCAAGCGGCCAGAUGGCGUGGCCGCGGGCCACGCGAGGCGGAAGAGCAUCGCGCGCAAGGGCAGCAACGCGUGGAAGGAGAGCCGGCGCCGCGAGUCGAUUGCGAGGCGCGCGAGCAUGCCGCUGGGAGGCAUGCGCGUUAUCACCACUGGUGGUGUGACUGCGGGCCUCGAUGCUAGUCUGUACCUCGUUGCUUCGCUGGUCUCGCAUGAGUCGGCCGAGGAGGUGGCUAGGGUCAUGCAGUAUACUUGGAUAAAGGGCGUUACGGUUGAUGCGAUUGAUGUCUAAGCGGGCGCCAGGAUUCCCAAAAGCAUGGGCACGGUAUGCUCUGUAGUAUCUUGUGGGUGAAAGUUCGUUUUGUCCACUUGAUAUGGAAUGGGAUGGAAUAGGCGGCGUCACUUCCCCUUAUGGCUUCUAGGCGUGACAGCGUCCGUCUCGAGACAGCUGAAUGAAUGAACUAAAGUCAUGAUUCAUGAUACUCA